AUGGCGUCGAAGAAACAGACCAAAGCACGCGAUUCCGCGUCGGUGGUACGGACGACGCGAUCGACGAGAAGUGCCGACCGAUCUCCAUAUGCUAGACGCGUUACUCGCAGCAGUGGUAAAGCUACUGCAGCAGUUGAACCGGAUAAUGGGAAUGGUCAAUCUCAGCCUCCAUUCCGGCGUCGCAGCAAGAGGAAUGAAGGGCCCGCCUCUCCCACUUCGUCACGGCCAACAAAUAGCUCUCAGCCCGAAACGAUCGCGCUGCGUGCAACAGAAAGCAACUCGACGCUAUCUCAGACCUUAGUAGCAGAGGGCACGCAAGCAUCAACCUCCAACGACAACGACACCGUCCAUUCUCGUGCAGCUACACCGAAAUCGGAAGUUCAGGAUAGCGAUGAAGAUGAAGGGGAAGACUUCGUUCAAUACUUUAUCGCCCCUGUCGAUCCCUUCCCUUCUCCACCUCCUGAUGAAUACUCACCUACUCCCGAGCGUGAUUGGCAACCUUUUGACCCGGUUAAGAGCCCUACUCCUCCUCUUCCGGGGUCGAGAGCUCAAAUAGAAUCAGCUGUCCCCGACGCUCAGCGCGUUGCCACUCCAGAUGACGACUCUCCUCCCCGUUCAACGCCUCCGCUGUACUAUCCUGCCUGGCCCCCAUCUCCCACCCUACUGGACCGACAUCCUCAGACAUGGCUGGAUGAGGUCCUCGUCAGCAUCGAGCGCCAGCGCGGGAAUCUCGUGAGCGAGCUCAGGGAUGCUGAAGUAGACGUGAAAGAUGCUUUGGCGGAGAGCUUUAAGGCGUUGGUCGCGGUAAAGGAGUUGGUAGGUCCGCAGGGACUUGAUGGCUUGGAAAAGGCUCUGGACCUCCCUAGAGGCGGGAGACGUAAAGGUGAUAGACGGGGAGGGGAUCCUGAAAUUGUGGGUCUUAUGCGGAUGGUUCAGGCAAUGGUCGGUCCAGAGAUGGUGAAGAAGAUGCUUACGGAUGCUCGAGAUACUGCUGCUGGUGAUGACUUUGAAGAGGACGCACAGGCUGGAGAGGGAGUGGUUGAUGUGGACGGGGAACAUGGUGCGGCAAAUCAGAGAUAG